UUCCUAGCUUUCAUUUGAACCUCAAAGCUCGAUUAGAUGCUCGAAGUAGAUUGCAGCAAAAGUAUAAUAUUCAAAGAAUCGGAUUAUCAACGAGAGAUGGGGAAUUUGUCGAAGCAUUUUAUGCUGAUCGUCGAAUUAAGUCAAGUUCAAAAUCUGUUUCAACUGAACAAGAUGAUUUAAAUGGAGAGAUUUUAGUACUUUGUUGUGAAGGUAAUGGUGGUUAUCCUGAGAUUGGAACUCCUUGGGUCCCCCUUGAACGAGGUUAUUCAGUUUUGGGAUGGAAUCAUCCUGGUUUCGGGGAAAGCACGGGUUUACCAUUCCCGGAAAAGGAACAAAAUGCUGUUGAAGCAUGCUUUUUAUUUGCUGUACAUCGAUUAAAUUUUCAACCUAGUCAAAUAUAUGUACUUGGUUGGUCAAUUGGUGGCUAUACAGCAUCUUGGAUAGCUAUGAACUAUCCUGAUAUAGCCGGUUUGGUUUUGGAUGCUACUUUCGAUAAUAUAGACGAACUGUCCAGACGAGUUGCACCAUCUGUAUUUGAUCCAGUUUUGGAAUCUGUCGUUAAAAUGUAUUUGGAUCUAAACAACCUAUCCCAUGUGAUCAAUUACGAUGGUCCAGUGCUUAUUAUUCGCCGUAGUGAUGAUGAAGUUAUCAGCACUGGGGAAGAUCAUUCACGUGCAACUAACAGAGGCAAUUAUUUAUUGAUUGGUCUAUUAAAACAUCG